AUGGCUGUGGAUGUAGAUGGGUUGGCAGGGGGUCUUUUAUGCAUCUGGGACCCUAAUGUCUUUCAACUCACAGAUUGUUACAGCAACAGAAGUUUCAUAUUACUUUUAGGUAAACUCCAAAACUCAUUCGAUUGUGUAAUUGUAAACAUCUAUGCUCCCAAUGAUGUUGUAAGCCGAGGUAAAUUGUGGGAAACACUGUUAAUUCUGAAAAACUCCUUCCCUAAGCCCUGGUGCCUUGGUAGUGGUGGUGACUUCAAUGAGAUCAGAAAUUUAGGUGAAAGAGAUGGAACAUCAAGAAGGGAUAAGGGCAUGAAAGAGUUCAAUGACUUCAUAGAUAAGUGUGAAGUGGUAGAUGUGCAAAUGAUAGGGAGAAAAUAUACAUGGUGCAAUGCUCUUGAUGGGAACAAAUGGAGUUGGAUUGAUAGAUUCCUUAUUAAUCUAGAGUGGAUAGAGAGAUUCAAGUUCAAACUUUGGGGUCUUCCAAGAGUGGUAUCUGAUCACUGCCCAAUUGUGCUCAUGGAGGAUAAGAGGGAUUGGGGGCCUAAACCUUUCAAUAAAGAGGUGUAUGGUAAUGUAGCAUCCAAACUCCAAGAGUCUGACUAUAAACUCAAUGGGCUGGAUUUGAUAGCUGAAUCCAGGCCUUUGGAGGAGGAGGAAUUGAAGUUGAAAAGAGAGACCAGAAAUGAAAUGUGGAGGCUGAGCAGGAAGUUGGAAUGGGAAUGGUUUCAAAAAUCAAGGCUUGAUUGGAAUCUGAAAGGAGAUAGAAAUACAAGAUACUUCCAUGUUACGGCUACCAACAGGCAAAAUAGGAACACACUCAACUCCAUCACAAAAGGGGACUUAGUUCUUGAAGAGCCAAGUCAAGUUAAGAAUGAGGUAUGGACCCAUUUUUCAAAGCAUUUCACAGAAGACAGGAUGAUCAGACUAGUGCUUGUUGGGGACUUCAAAAGUGUAAGGCUCAGUGACUCAUUCCAUAGGCUUGAAGAAGAAUUUACUGAAGUGGAGGUAUGGGCAGCUGUUAGAGAAUGUAAUGGGAAUAAAGCUCCAGGGCCAGAUGGUUUCAACCUGAUGAAGAGAUUUCGGAUUGUUUGGUUGAAGGAUAAGGAAGUUCAUGAAUCUCUUAUGUGUAAUAUCAUUGUCAAUGAUAUGGCAAUAUGGUCUGCUGCUAAACCAGGUCAGUCUCUUAUAUUGCUUAGGUGGAAGGGCCUAGGGGUAUAUUAUGUAUUAUUAAGUCCAGUUGCUGUCAAUGCUGGUUUGGAUGCUAGUUUUGUGGAUGCUAGUUUAGUUUCUUCUUCACAGCAGCAGCUUCCAUUGGUUUAUCUACAACUGUUAUUUCUUAGGAUCUCAGCUUUGUCUUGA